AUUCAUCUCCAUGCGCCAUCAUAGAGAGAGACAGAGGAAGUGAGCCAGAGCGUCUCAUUCAUAAAAAAAAAAAAAUAGGUUCAUUCAUAAAAGCUACACAGCUCCCCCAAUGCCUAAGACAGAAAACGCUGAUGUGGUGAAGCAGAGCUGGAAGCCGUGGAACUGACUGAGUAAAGUGCUCGGCUCGGCCGGGAGCUUUGAGACUUGCUGCGCAGCAGGAAGGAUUCUGAGCUACACAGGACGGCCCCAGUCCCAUGCAGUGUUUCAGUGCCCUUAUUAUGAGAGAGCAAACCAUACCCCCUUUCAAAUCACAGACAGGACUCCUACCAGGUAUGCUGAAACGACCCAAAUACAGCAGACUGCACAACGAUUCCUUGACAUCUUUGGAAGAUCACACUGAAAGAAUGCGGCUCUCCAAGAGGGACCUCUGCUUAGACUCUGAUUUCGCUCCUCUUGAUCCCGGGACACCGUCUCAUCGGGGUUCCUCUGCCGGCAGGAACUUCAUCCCCCGCGUGGCCAGCAUCCGUCUGCAAAGUCCUGCCUGCCUGCGACGAGGCCAGAGGGGACAAACAGACACAAACCGGGACAGAACUGUCCGUAAACAGGACGACGGACCUCUGUCCAGAACAGACUGUGGGUCUUCCCUCGAUGUGUCCUCCUCCACGGGACCAGACCUAGUUCACUCGGCUCUCCUCUCCACAAAGCGUCCCAUCACGCUGCACCGCAUGGCCAGCCUUCCCUGCACCCCGUGCUCGCAGCAUAACGGAGGGCUCUGCUUCCUGAAGGCAGUAGAUGACUGUGCGGUGGUGAGGACAUCGAGCAGAGCAGUUCACCAUCACGUGAAGUACAUGGGUAACGUGGAAGUGAUCCAGUCUAUGAGGACACUCGACUUUGAUACAAGAAUGCAAGUCACACGGGAGGCAAUUAGCAGACUGUGUGAAAGGACUUCAGUGAAAUCCUUGCUGAAAAGUAAAAGGUUCCCGUGUAAAGGAGUCUCUGCCGUUUUGGGUCAGAUCAACAUGCAGUUUUCUGGGAGCAAAGCCAUCCUCACAAUCUCCACAGACAGUUUGACUCUGAUGACAGCCUCCACUUUACAGAGGAUUAUCAACCAUCCCAUGCAGGCCAUUUCAUUUGCCUCUGGAGGAGACCCAGACACAGCCGAUUAUAUUGCAUAUGUUGCAAAGGACUACAUGAACAAGAGAGCAUGCCACAUCAUGGAGUGUCCCCAGGGUCGGGCUGGUGAGGUUAUCAGCACCAUCGGUCAGGCCUUUGAGACUCGUUUCCGGCAGCUUCUCAGCCAGACAUCAAUGCUCCUCUCCCCAAGGUCUAUGGUUAGGAUCUGUUCCGAAUGGAGUCCCAAAGAGACACCAGUGGACCAAAAGAACAAGCAGGUGGAUGAGGUCACUAAGCAACAGGAGUAUUAUAAUGUCAUCACAGGGAAAACCUUUUUCCCAUUGGUUGAGAGAAAAGAGGACAAGCAGGUGACAAAGGAAGAGAAGAAACAGGAGCCUGAUAUUCAGGAGGUCUGUUUGUCUCCGCCUGUUUCACUGUAUGAGAACCACUCCGUCAGAGAAGGAACCUCAGCUCCAUCUGCAGACUCAAUGCAGUGUGAGGACAGUGGUGAACGAUGCACUCCCCAGUCUGAGACCCCUGUGCAGCCCUUAACUCACCAAGAAGGCUGGUUUCACGGCAGACUGGGCAGAGAGCAGGCAGAGGCUCUCCUCACCUGCAGUGGCGAUUUCCUGGUCAGAGAGAGCAGCUCGGCCUCUGGUCAGUACGUCCUUAGUGGGAUGACGGGGGCCACUGUACAACAUCUGCUGCUGGUGGAUCCGCACGGGCAGGUGCGCACCCGGGACCAAGUCUUUCAGAGCGUUGGUCACCUGGUGCGAUUCCACAUGGAGAAGCAGAUGCCCAUCUUUUCUGGAAGCAGCAAGCUGUGUCUGAAGCAGCCGAUUCUACAAUCGCAGUAACACAGAGAGACUGUUACCUGUAAAUACAAGAUCUAAACCCCAAAAUUAAACAAAAAUGCCCAUCAACCCCUUCAGCAGCCUUACAAAAUGAAAACAACCUGUGCACGUGCUUGAUCUGGUUUACACUAAGCUGUUUUACUCAUUUACCUUCUGGGGAUGUUGUAGUAAUAAUUUCAUAUUUUUCUGUGUGCACUGUUGAUGAAACUAUUUGCAGUCCAUUUGUUUUUGUCUAUCAUGAGUAAAUUUUUCCACUCCUCUGUCUCACAUUGAGAACGGCUGAUGGUCUGCAGAACAUCCGGUCUCCUUCAUGCAGACUUUGCUGGUCCUUACUCAGUUUAAGCACAACCUCUGCUGCAGGAAGGAAUUACCAGAACACUGGCUGACUUUUUAAAAAUCAUUCUUAUAUGUGCAAAAUGUGUCUUGUGGUCAGUUACUUGAUUUCCAUUGAUGUUCUGAUUUCAUGUGCCCAUUUCCUAUGUUUCACUUUAAAAAUAUCUUUGUGUUUCGUCCCUUUGGAAUUUUUAGUAGAUGAUUAGCUGACACAUGUUUGGAUAUUCUGUUUUCUCUGAAGCAAAAAUAAAUCUAGCU